AUGCGCUUAAAUCAGCCAUCAAAUCAGAUUAAGCUCACCAACGUCUCGAUUGUGAGGCUCAAGAAAGGGGGCAAACGAUUCGAGAUUGCCUGCUACAAGAACAAGAUCCAAGAGUGGAGGAAUGGAGUGGAAACCGACAUUGACGAUGUUCUGCAAGUCAACAAUGUCUUUGUGAACGUCUCGAAAGGAGAGGUUGCACGGACGGAAGACUUGAAGAAAGCCUUUGGCAAGGCAAAUACGGACGCGAUAGUCCGAGAGAUCCUACAGCAUGGUGAGGUCCAGGUCGGCGAAAAAGAACGGGAGCACGAACUAUCGACGUUGUGGCGAGAAAUCGCGACCCUCGUCUCCGAAAAGUGUGUCGACCCACAGACAGAAAGGCCAAUUCCUGUUGGAAUGAUCGAAAAGGCUAUGCAUGAGGCAGGAUUUAGUGUCAAAGCUGGCAAGAAUGCCAAAGCCCAGGUAUCUGAGUGCAUACGUUUGAUUCAGACAAAUAGCAAACUCCCAAUUCAAAGAGCAAGGAUGCGGGUCAAGCUCACCAUCCCACUUGCCAAUAUCGAUGCCGUGCGCGAGAAGGUACUCCAAAGCGCCGACAGAGUCGAAGAAGAUAUCACUGGCGCAACCGACUGGGAAAUCACACUCUUAAUCGACCCAUCGCAGUUCAGAGUGCUCAACGAGCUACUGCAGCAGCAUACUGAAGGCAAGGGGAGGCUGGAAACACUCACGUUCGCCAACGUCGCAUCAACCUCCACGGCGACCGCUUAG